GUUGCCGCGAAGAUGUCAAGCGAAAUGCGCGACGAGGACGAGGAGAUGGGGAUCGCCGGCGAGAUGCCGUCCUGCGGGAAGGGCCACCGCUCGUCGCUGGUGCUGCAGACCUUCGAGGGCGGCGCCAUUUGCCUGGUCUGCCUCUCUGCCCUCCUCUCGGACCCUAGCUCCCCAUCCCACCACGUCUCUUACGCCCUAUCCCAAGUAUCCGCCGCCUUCCGGAGCCCGAGCUUCCUCCUCGGCCUCCGCACGGUCCACCCUCACUUCCUUGUAGCUCCUCUUGUUCGCGCCCUGUCUUCCUUCGACGACGAGCCCCUGGCUCGCCAAAUCAUCGACCUCAUCUCCGAUCUUUGCGGUGAUGGCGGAUCUGGGUCCAUUUCUUCGGAUUUUAUUUCUCGGAUUUCGGAUGUGCUUUCCUCCGGCUCGCUCGCGUGGAGCCGGCGGCAGGUCCACAUGCUUCAUUGCUUAGGAUUACUACUAGAUUCUCACCAAAGCAGUAACCCAACAACCCAUAUUAGAGAUAAAGCUGCUCUUUUCUCCAACCUUGUCAUUGGUAUGCAGCUUCCAAGUGAAGAGAUUCGGGGAGAAAUCUUGUUCAUAUUGUAUAAGCUAUCUGUUCUUGAAGGCACGCCAUGGGAUAGCUAUGACAACAAUCAUGUAGAAGUCUCAUUGAUUGAAACAAGCCAGCUGCUGCGCCUUUCACUUGAAGUUUUGCUUAAGACCCAGCAUGAUGAAGUGCGUUUAAAUUGUAUAGCAUUGUUGACAGUAUUAGCUAAGAAGGGGUUAUUUGAGGAUUCGUGCAGAAGUGAUCUAAUUCAUAUGAGCUUCCAAGAAGCAGAUAAUUUGACAGAAACAGAAAAAGAAAUGCUUCAUAUUCCAUUGGUUAACUUGUUUGCUGAUGCCAUAAAAAAUCCUUUGCUCUCUUCUGAUGCGCAAGUGCAGAUCAGCACAUUGGACCUAGUAUUUCAUUGUCUUUCGUCUAACUCGAAUAGCUUUGGACAGAUUCAAACGCUAAUGGAGGAAAAUAUUGCAGAUUAUGUUUUUGAAGCACUCAGGCUUUCAGGGAACAAGGAUCCCCUGGUUAUCUCCUGCCUCCAUGUUCUUGAUCUUUUAGCAACUGCUGAGGAUUCUUUCAGACAAAGACUUCAUGUUGGGUUUCCCACAUUGCUUUCGGUUCUCCAUUACAUUGUAGAGAUACCUCUUCAUCCAGUGCAACACCAGGCUAUAAAGCUUGUGUGGAUUUGCAUCUCAAACUGUCCUGGAAUGGUAUCUAUAUCUCAGGUUGAAGAGAUAAUAGUCACAUUGAAAGGUUUCUUUUCAAGACAUGGCAGGGGGGAAGUGGAUAUCCCUCCUGAAACUUUCAUCUUGGCUUGUUUAACCUUUGUGGAGAUUAUUAAAUCACCAUCUGCUAGUCAAGUGCAGAAAUUAAGACCAGUGAUCCAAGAGGCAUCAAAGAGUGCAGUUGCUUCAUCUGUUUCAUUACCCCAUGGAAGUUCCACGCCAUAUCUUUUGUAUUCCCUCUACAUUUUAAAAGAACUACACAUGCAUAAUCAUGAAGAAAGUUCCACUGUAGAUGCUGAAAAUGAAGAGCUGGAGAAAAGCGUUAUACAAAUCUGUGAAACCUACCUGUUGUCUUGGCUCGAAAGAUAUAGGGAUGAAGGGGAAGAGGAGGAAGUUAUUCUGGGAGUACUUGAGAUUUUUCAUCUUAUUUUACUAGAAGGAUAUGAAAUUCAAGCUCAUAAGUUUGCAGAGACUCUGGCUUCCUCAUAUUGGUUCACAUUGUCAUUUGGAUGUUUGGGUGUUUUUCCAUCAGAUCGAAUGAAGUCUAGAAUCUAUUUAAUGCUCAGCUCUAUUGUUGACCGAAUUUUUGGCCCAGGUUUUGGAGAAUCCAUCAUGCUUGCUUAUAUUUAUCUUCCAUCUGACCCUAUGGAGUUGUUAUUUCUUCUUGGUCAGGAUGGUUCACAUGAUUCCACUUUGAUGUGUUGUCAACGAGCAACUCUUCUAAUUUUGUAUGUCAGUUCAUUGUAUGAUGAGAGGCUAGCUGAUGAAAACCAGGUUUUGGCUUCUUUAGAGCAGUAUAUUCUUGUGAAUAGCCACAAUUUUUCCUGUGAGACCACAGAUACCAUCUUGUUGACUCAACUAAUUUUUCUUUAUGGACUCUUUAAAAGUGCUGCGGGACAUAGGACAUCUAACAACACAGAAGCUGAAAAGCUGUUUUUCAACUUGGCAGUUAAAAUGGAGUGGGACUUGCUUAAUAUACGCAGUCAUCCAAAAGCCCUAAAAUGGCUUUUUCAACAAGAAGAACUCAUAGAGCCCUUGUCUUACCAGUUGCUGAAUUUUUGUAGAAUACAUAGCACAGGCAAGGAUAAAGUCAGUACCUAUUCAAGAAACAUUAAGACAAUGGAUCUUCAAAUGGUAGCAGAACUGGUGGUUUCUGGAGAUAAUUGUGCAACAUCACUGUUGGUUUCUUUACUGGAAGAUGUAAUUGAGGAAGGAAGGGAAGAUGACACGAUUUCAAUAUUGAGAGUUAUUGAAGCAAUUUUGGGCAUAUAUCCAGAUUCCUCUAAUCAAUUUUCUUUGAAUGGCAUCAGUGAUGCAGUCUAUUACGUCUGCCACUCAAGGCAUUGCUCACACAUGAUCUUUGUGAGUUGCUUGCUUUUGAUUUUCAACAUUCUUUAUCUGAUAAACUCUACUGCAAUUUCCAAGGAAGGAAAAUGGCCUGCCAUUACUUUCAAGUUGCUUGAGUUUCUACAUCCCAAAUUAGCUUCUCAAACAAGUGGAUCAGAAGAGCAUCUUGUAAUCAGCAUUCUUUGCCUAAUCCUACAACAUGCUUCCAGUGAUGUGCUUACCGAAUCUUCAAAGGCCAUAAUUCUUUGCACUUCUCUGAUUUCAGCAGUUGAUAUUGUGGUAAAAACAGCCUGCGCAAAGGGUCCUGCUUUAGCUGAUUACAAUGAAGAAACUGCUACUGGAGAAUCUCUAGUAUUUGUUCUUUUGCUAUUCUUCUACUCACUAAAAAGUUCGCAUGCUCUCUUUCACCAGACUAUUGACUGGCAAGAUUUCCUCCAAACAUCAGGUGAAGUUCAGCCCCUAAAGGUUAUGCGCAUUCAGUGCAAUGAUUUAUGCAGGUUGGUACACUUUGGCUCUUCUCUGGUCAAGCUGGUUGCUUCACAGUGCCUGGUGGAGUUGCUCAGUAGAAUUUCAGAUCAAACAACUAGCAAAAAUGAGGGUUCAAAAUGCUCAGGCAGGUAUCUGGAGUCCAUGAUGGCCGUAACAGAAGGCUUACUUUUUUACGAUGACAGUACUGUUGCUGCAAAUUGUGGUACCUCUUUGUCUAUUAUUUUGGGGUGGGAAAAGUUGGAGAUGCAGGAUAAGAGAAUGAUCAAAAGUUCUAAAUGGUGUAGGCUGGCUAUGGAGGAACUAUCAUUGACUCUAGCUGCUCCUCGUUUGGCAUUGAAAUCCUUCACAAACCAGCACAAGGCAGCAGCUCGUGUGGCUGUUGCAUUGCUUAGAUUGGGUCAAGUGCCUGAAUGGAUGCCAUCUAUAUUUAGUAGCUCCUGUAUCUCUGGGAUAAUAAGCAACCUUUCUGCCAGUAACUUGAGCACAGAGAUAGUUAUGAUGUUCCGAGCACUAAUGUCAAGAAAAUAUUUAGCCGAAGGUCAAAUCGCAAGUCUUCGUAACUUGCUUCAGGCCGCUAGAAAGCUUGUAUAUAUGGAUGGCUCUAAACAGCAAUGUGAAGUGAUACACGUUCAGAAGGCUUCGGUGAAAUUCAACCAAAACACAAAAGGCUGUUGGAAGAAAUCGAAUUAUUUUCGCUAGAGUCAUCCAGACAGUGAAUAUAUCUGCUACAAUAUACUAAAUUUUCAGCUAAAGUUCAUAAACAAAUGGAACGCACAAUCCAAGUAAGUUCACCAAGCUUUUCUUUUUACUCUCUGUAUUCAUUAUACUGAUAAUUCAUUCACUGUGUUCUAUGAAAGUUAGAUCAUUGCAUUAGUCUUUUGUCUUGCAAAUAGCAUGGAAAUAGUAUGCAAAUAGUGACAACUUGCAUAUAGUAUUACGCUAAUUCCUUUUCUUUUCUUCUUUGAUGCAUUCUCCCUAAUGAUUUUUAAGCUUAUGUGAAAUUACUUUAGAGCCCUUUUCAUACUUAAAAAAUCAUUCUCAAUCUCUAACCAAUGUCCACUUUUUUCCUUCAAAUUUCUUACAGUAAG